AGUAUGUAUUUUUAUCCGUAACCCGAGAACUGGAUGUGAAGUUUUGUCAGGGAUGGAUUUUCACAACUUGAAAAGAAGGGAACUGCAAGAAUUAUGCAAGAAGCACAAAAUUCCUGCAAAUUUAACCAAUUUGGAGAUGGCCACCAAACUUACUGCCCUUUUAAGGGGCAAUCAACAGCCCUUAACUCGAGGGCGAAGGUCGUGUUUGAAGGGUUUAGAAGAAAAUGUGAGCGAAAAUGAAUCUGAUUUUGAAAAUAGGCCAGCCAAAAAAGUUAGGUUUAGUCCACAAAAUGAGAUGAUUGAGUUUGAGAAGUCAGCAGUUAAGUGUAUGGAGACAAGGGGUCGAGGAAGGCGAAAAUCUGCUAUGAAUCACAGUAAGGGUGGUGAGGUUGUGGAAAAUGAUAGUCCUGUUAUUUUGGUGGAUGAGGGAGUUGGAAGGGGCAGAAGAUCUAGAAGGGGGAAAGUGAUAGAAGGCAGCUAUGUAAAGAGAAAGGGAGGGAAAAUGGGGGUAGAAGAUAAUGUUUUGAAGGAUAAAUUACCGUCUGCCAGUGGUGUUGUAGGUAUGAGUAGCGAUGCUCCGAUGGAUGAAGGUGCUGGAAGGGUUACAAGGUCUAGAAAGGUUAAAUUCAUGGAGGAUUGCGAGGUUGAGAGCAAGGGAGGUAAAAAGGGGAUGAAAGCUGAUGCUUUGAAGGGUGAAUUGCCUUCUGCUGCUGCUGAUAAUGCACCUUUAGUUGAUUUUAGUAACGAAGAGCAUGUAGUGGUAGGGAAGAGAUCUUUGAGGAAUAGAGUCGUCGAUGUGGAGAAGAAGAAAAUUGCCCUAGUGGAGAAGGGGUCUCAGCAGAAUGAAGAGGACUUACUGGUGAGAAAGAGAUCUUUGAGGAAUAUAGAGCUAAAAGAUAACGAAAUGAGGGCAUAUGAGGAUGUGGAGAAGGGUUCUAGGAAACCAGAAAGACAGGUGAAGGACAUGCGUAGGAAGGAUAUUGUUAGAACUAAAGCAACCGAGGAAGAACCUGAGGCCAUUCAAGCUGAAAAGGUGUUGCGGAGGUCAAGGAGACAUGUUGCCAAGAUGGAAUGCCACAAACUGGUAAAGGAGGAUGUGAGAAAAAUUGAAAAGGCUGUACAAAGAAGAUUGAGAAGCAUUGUAGCUGUUGAGGUAAAGGAAGUUUCUGAGGUUGACAGUGUUUCUGGAAUGAUGAAGGAAAGUUAUCCAUUUGACGAGAAUCUAAGGAGGUCUAAAAGGAAUGCUGCUAAACCUGAAGUUAUAUACACUAGGGAGCAAACUGACAAAGUGGCCAAUGCUAAAGGUAAAGAAGAAAGUAAAAAGCGAAGAAGGGAUGCUUUUCUUCAAGAACAAGCUGUUAAGGUUGAUGGUAACUCCGUUGAAAGGCCUCUUAGACGAUCUACACGAAAUACUGAAAAAAUUGAGAGAGUUGCAGCAACAACUGUAAGAGGAAAAGUUGCUCAAAAACAGAAGGGCAAAUCAAAGAAAACAAGAGGAAAGUUUGAAGAUUCUUUCACUGAAAAAAUCUUGAUAACUGAGGAUCUUUCGGCUCCUGAAGCUGAGCUUAUGAUCCCUGAAAUUGCGAAAGAUACUGUAAUCGAUAAUUUUAAUGUUGUAGUAGAUUUGACAGGAUAUGUUUCUGACUUAAAUGGUGCAGAUACUUCUGAGCCAAACUUCAUUGGAGAGGACCAGGACUCAGGUUCAGUUUCUGGUACAUUUGUUAAUGCUGAUUCUCCUUUUACAGAUAACAGGGUAGAAAAGAAAGUUCCUGGCACUAAUGGCAAAAGUGUGCACCCUCUGUCAGAUGAUAAUGAUGUACAAAAGCAAGGAGGUGAAACAUGUACUGACGAGAGUAGCAAAUGGGGAAAUGACUCUGAGGAAGUAUUAUAUAUGAGUAAAACAGCACAGAUAGAUAAAAAUAACAGAUUGACAGGGCAACGUAUAUGCUCGGAUGUCAGUUUGAAUGGUGUCAUUCAUGAUGUUAAUGAACUUGUAGGAAUGUCAGAGAGCAUAAUUCCAGAAACAUAUUCCACCUCUGUUUGUGAGCACUGCAAAGAACAACAGAUGCAUGAAAGCAUUGCACACGAAAGUGGGCAGCUCAACUUGGAAGAGAGUUAUUUUGGAGAUCAUGAAAAGUCCCUUCCCGUUGCUGUUUGUAAAGUUGCAACCAUAGAUACACUCAAUUGUUGUACCUUGGAUACUGCUGUCAAUCCUUUGGAUAAUGCUGUUCAAAAUGAGCAAGAUGGCCAUUCAAAUUUCAAGCGUGGCACUUUGGAGGAAUAUUGGCAUCCUAGUUCAUCUGAUGCAUUGAGGUUAAGUACAACAAGAGAGGUGCAGGAUGGAAAUGUUGAUAGUGGUGAAGAUACUCAUCAGCCUCUUGAAAUGCAUCGAAUUGUUUCAGCGGUCACUCCAAUAUCAGCCAAUGCUGUUGAAUCAUUGAUAGAGUUUACCCAAAGCAACUUUGAUUCUAUAAGAGUGGAGCUUCACAAAUCCAAUAUUUUGGAGUUGCAAGAUGGCCUCAACUGCAACGUUGCAGGGGAAUCGCUAGAUGCAGCGGAUUUGGAGACACAAUUAGAGCCAAGGGCACAAUCACCAAUUGAACAAGGGAGGGGCGCUGAGGCUAAGUUAAUUGAAGAUGGAGAUAAUCUUGUAGAAUUGAGUGACUAUGAAGAGGUUGGACAUUUAAAACAUAAAGCUGAUGCCAUCCAUGACAGUUGUCGGUCUAAUGAGUUGGAAUCAGUUGCCCGAAAUAAGUUGUGCGUUUUACCAGAGCAAGGCGCCACUAAUGAUGAAGAGUCUGUUGUCAUAUCUGAUGCACAAGGGGUAAUUUUAUCCUUACAUGGUGAAGGUACCCCAAUUACCAAUGGAGGAAAACAUACAGAAAUAAAGCUAAGUGCAAGUAAACAUCAUUCAGUGACCGCUACUAUUGCAAAUUCCAGUUCCAUUUUAAGACAUCGAUCUGCCAGUGCUAACACUAAAAAUGAGAACUCUAUUUUGGCAGAUGAUAAUGCACAAAAUCAAGGAAUAGUUGAUGAUUGUAUGUCAGUAGACGUACAGGCUACUUCCAAGAAUAAAGAUGAAAAUCAUCAAGGUGAAAAUACAAGGUUAAUGAACUCUGGGGAAGCAUUGAAGCAGAAGGAGGAAUCAUCUUGUGGGGAAAGGAAUAGUCAUGAGGUUCAUUACCAUUUUCAACUAGGCACAUAUUUUACCCAUCAUGAGCUGAUAUCUCGUGAAUAUGGUAAAUCUGAUGGAGAUGGGCAGUCAAAGGAUUGCUGUGACACCUCUGAUGAGUGUCAGGAUUCGCUUCGUGAUGCUUCCAGAAGCAGCAUCGAUAAGAUACUACAGGAGGAAAAUGUUCAUGGUGGCGAAACUUUCGUUGUGCCUUCCCAUUUGCAUGAAAAAGCUUUAGCUUCGACUCUAAUAUCUACCACCGCUAUUGAAACAGAGUGCAAGUUUGGUGAAAGCAUUUUUGAUACUAACAGAGUGGAAUUGCCUAAAGCCAAAUUCAACUUUGAAUUCCUAGGGGCAUUUACUGAAAAAGUGGGCUCGGAGAAACAGUCAGAAGUACGGACUCAAUCACCAAAUCAGCAAAGGAAAGGUGUGGAUGGAGAUUUUGCAGUUGAAGCAUACACAGCGCUAGCAGAUGGGCAGAAUAGUGCAGAAGUAGCUAAACUUGAAGAGGGUGGACUAUUGAAGGAUCAAGAUGUUGCCCCCAGUGAUUCUCUGCAGCAUGCUGAAUUUGAUUCCUCUGCAAGAAGUAAGUUUAGCUUCAUAAAGGAUCAAGCUGUCUCUUGUGCUGAAGCUAUUGAUGGGACAGCCAAUUCGCACUUUGUUGCUGAACCAUACACAGCAUUAGAAGAUGGGCAGAAUAGUGAAGAAGUAGCUAAAUUUGAAGAGAUUGGACAUUCUAGGAAUCCAGAUACUUCCUUUGAUUGUCUGCUGCAUGCUCAGUUCAAUUCCUCCACAAGAAGUACGUUUAGCUUCAUCCAGGAUCAAGGUGUCCCCAUCACUGAAGAUACUGUGGAGAAAGUUCAUUUAUCUCCACCUUCUGUAGCCACCAACAACACUGAAGAAAGAAAUAAAGGAAUUGAGCUCAGUGCAAGGAAAUGCAAUUCAUUGAACAAAACUCUUUCAAAUUCAAGUUUCUUCUCAGAAUGUCAGCGAGAUAUAGCUUGUGGCGAAGGGGAAACAAAUGAGGAAAGUGAUCCCAUUGAAGCAUAUCACAUGAUACAAAUGGCUUCGACUAGUAAGGACUAUAAUUCAGAAGGAUGUGAUAAAAGCAUGGAUGGAAGUUUGGAUGGGGUCAUUGAUGCAUUAAAUGUUGAAUUAGGAUCAAAGACAGAUGUUGAACUAGGAUUAGUGACAGAAAGCAUGGGAGCCAAUGGAAAUUAUGUACUUUGUUUUGAGGCUGAUACAGGAGGAGAGAUGCUAGAAAGCAGCACUGGAGAAGAGAGUGGGCCAUUUAACCUGGAGGCUACAAAUGAACCUGAAAGUGUUCACUCCCUUGAUACUGCCCCAGAAGUAGCCACUAUUGUUACACUUGAUAGUUGCCCCUUACACAGUGCCCAGACUCCUUCAAAAAGCUGCAACAAAAAUGAACAUGGUCAAAAACUUGAAUUGACUGAUGAGCCUGUCAGUCUCUCAACCACUGAGGAAGAGAAAAAUAAUCUGAGUUCUGAAGAGGAAGUGAAACAUGAUUUUUUGUCUUUGAAAAAGAUUAGUAGCUCAGGAAGGGAUGGAUGCUCUGGUCAACAUGACGUGGUGCAUAGUAGGGAAGAACAAGAAAAAGAUAUUUCCAGUUAUGAAGAGCUUGUGGAUUCUGAAACAGCUGUAGAUUAUGAAACUCAGAGAACAAAUCAGCAGAAUAUCUUCCCUACUGCUGCUGAAGGGAACCCCGAUGGAUGCAAUUUCAGCAAUAGCUGGCAUGGAGAUGAACUUAAAAUGCUGUUUGGUAACUCAGAAACCAGUCACAAGGUUUUAUGUCUUCAGGAGAGGGAUGAUGGAGCUUAUGCUAAAUCCGUGUCUGAGUUUGCUUCUGAAUUCAAGGAUAAUUUGGUGCUUUCUAAUAGCACUCCAGCGCAACAUGAUGAUCAGAAGAUUGGUGAUUCUGAAAUUCAGAAGGAAAAUGAAGUAGGGAAGAGUAAUACAAGCGAAACCUCUGCUAAGUUUUUGGAAGAUAAUCAAAAUGAUAAGCAUGCUGAGUCUGGCACUGAAGUUCCUACUUUCAGCAGUUUAGAAAUGAAUAUACAUCCACAAGAGAGCAAAGGGGAUCAGAGCUUUUCAUUUGACCAAAGCAAGGAUGUUAAAGUUGAAAUAGAAACUUCUGAAGCUACUUUUGUUGGUGAAGAAGUUACCACGCUAGGCCAUGAUGCUGAAGAUAAAGUUGGAGAGUUAGUUAUUCAGGAUUCUUUUGCUUCUGAAUCUUUCAUCUCCAAGAGUCAUGAGUUGUCUAAGGAGUGUGAUGAUGAUACCAUGAUAGACUAUAUCAAUUCAGAGUCUACAGAAAAUGUUCCUUCAAUGAUCAAUAGCCCCGAGAAAAACUUGAUUAUUGAUGCCUUAGCAGCUGUUGCAGAACUCGCAAAUUUGGUUGAGCCAGAGGCAAAAAAUGUGGAAAAGACUGGUACUGCUGAUAUAAAAAAUGUAAUUGUGCCUGCUGAAGAACAAAAAGAUGGUGAAGCAAGGGAAGAAUCAAACCAUCAAUAUCUUGAAGAUGCUGGAGGAGUUCUUGAAGAUACUAUAGCAAUGCAUUCAGAGACACACUCCAGUUCAAAUAAAAACUCAGAUUCAGCAGCAGAUGAGAGCAUCAAAUCACCUUCCAAGCCAUUCAUGUCUACUUUCAAAGGGAAGAAUAGGAGAACCAUUCUAAUACAUGGAACACCAAACAAGCUGCAAACAGCAGUGGAUAUGAAGGAGAAUGCACCAAAUUCCAAAUUAGAAAAAGUUGGUACUUGGACAACAGUGAGACCAGCAGCAAAGAGGCCAGCCCUUAAGGAUCUUCUGCAUAAAUAGAAGGGGUCUCUGUUCUUCUGUGCUGAUACAGCAAGUGAUCCCAGUGAAUGGAUGCAUAUCUCAUGCAAGUAGUUCCUGGAUAUGCACGUGAGUGAUGUAAUAUUGUACUUUUUUUUCUUGUUUUCCUGAGUUAAAAAUGGUCUUGUUUUGUAAAUCAGACGUUGUCAAUGGUGGGAAAAGAACUGAACAAGUUUUUUUA